UCGAAGGCGUCUCUAUGGCGGAAAAAUGGUGACGCCCACGGAGGCACUUCCGCACAAUUCUUUUGCUCCGCUCCGAAGGCUCGUCGGAGAUUCAGCCGAGAAAGGAGACCAUGCGUGCUGAUUGAGUAUGGAUGGUAAAGGCCCGUAUCGGAUCUACGACCCCGGCGGGAGCGAGGCUCAAUCCAAAGAGGAGGCAAGCAGCUACAGACAGCUCCUGGAGGAGAACACGGUCCUGAGAGAGCGCAUGAAAGGCCUGAAGAGCCUCGGAGAUCUUCUGGAAGAGUCUCAGUCGGAGGCGCUGAAGCUCCGCAAGCGAGUGGAGGAGCUGGUAAGAGACAACGAAGCGCUGAAGUCCUCCACGUCCAGCUUCACCAGCGCCUGCGUCGGCACUCCUGUUCACGCCGACACCCACGGUCAUGGGAAGCUCCUGAGUCACCAGGCGUCGGUGCGAUCGGAUCCCCGCGAGUGCCUGCCCGUCAAAACCGUCCAGACGGAGGCCUCUGAGACCUCGUCGCACUUCGAGCUGGUGAACACGGAGGACAAGACCAUGGCGGAAACGCAAACGGAGAACACGGAGUUGGCCAGUCAGCUGCAGAGACUGGAGAGCUCGUUCAGUGUGUUUGCGCAGGAGUCCAACCCCAACCAGCUGCUGGCUCACCUGGGCCGCAUGGCCGUCGAGUUCCACACCCUGUCCUCUAAAGUGCAGAAGAACGAGCAGAGAACAUCACUACUGCAGACGCUGUGUGAGCAGCUGAGGCAGGAGAACAGCGAGCUGAGGAAGAAAAUGGAGGAGGACCUUCAGUACCGAAAUCGCGACCUGGAACAGCUGAGGCAGGAGAACCUGAAGCUGCGAGAGCAGGUGAGCGGACGGACCGAGGCAGCACAGAACGAGUCAGCCGAGGCCAAAGACGAGGCGACCAAAGAGGAAGCGGUGAAAGUCAAGCUGGAGGCGGCCAUGACUCAGCAGGUACACUCAGCUCAGUCCAGUAAAGCUGCAGAGAAAACUCCAUCCAAGACCUUGGACCCGGAGAUGUACGAGAAGAAGAUCAGGCUUCUGGAGAAACAGAGGAGAGACGUGCUGGAGGUGAACAAACAGUGGGACAUUCAGUGGAACUCGAUGAAGACACAGUACGAGCAGAAGAUCACAGAUCUGCGGCAGCGGCUGGCCGACUCCCAGAAAGCUGUCCAGGAGCUCGAGGCAGAGCGAGAGCAGAGGCAGAGAGAUUACGACAAGAAGCUGCUCCUGGCCAAAUCCAAGAUCGACAAUGUGCAGGGUGAAAAGGAGUGUUUGACGACCGAGACGUGCGAGCUGAAGCAGAAGGUGCGCUACCUUCAGGAUCAGCUGGUGCCACUCACUAAGCAGAGAGAGUACCAGGAGAAGGAGAUCCAGCGUCUCAACCGGGCUCUGGAGGAAGCGCUGAACCUGCACUCUCCGACCUCCCAGGCGGGAAUGAACCUCGGCGAGGGAGUCCUGAACCUGCGCCAGCAAGAGCUCCACACUCAGAUCGCCGUACUCAAAGAGCAGGUGAAGAUCUUCGAGGAGGACUUCCAGAAGGAGCGCAGGGAUAGAGAACGCAUGAACGAGGAGAAGGAGGACCUGAGACGGCAGGUGGAAAGGUUACAGGGUCAGAUGACCAACCUGACCAAUCAGCUCCAUCAGGCGCAAAACGAGUGCCAGAGAGAGCGGACAGAGCGGUGUAAACUGGAGCGACUGCAGAUGCAACACAAUAAACAGGUUUUGGAGGGGCAACCGGAGAGAAGGACGUCUGACCCCACCUCGGGUUCGGCUAACGGCCCGCUGAGCCCGCCCUACUGCGGCCCGUUCGUGCAGGUCGGACACCAGCUCGAGGGCUGGCCCGUCCACUUCCCACCCAGAAUGCCCACCCUGAGCGCGGCACCGGGCCGAGACUUCCAGCCUGUUAAUCCGGGUUUUCAUUGGCAGACGUCAUUCCCACAGCUACGGGGCUCCAGAGUACAGACAGAUGCAGCAAGAGCACCACCGGAAAGCGCAGAAGCAGGAGCAGCGGGUUUCGGGAAGCGGGAGCGUCAGAACGUGGACUCCGGAAAGCACUAAGCGCUUCAUCCUCCCUCUCCACCGGCACGUGGCUUAGUAGCAUGAUGCAGUUUCUCUUUCAGUUGGCAUGGUGUGAACUAUCCUUUAUCUCUCCUCCCCUAAUGUGUGUGUGUGUGUGUGUGUGUGUGUGUGUGUGUGUGUGUGUGUGUGUGUAUAUACACAUUUAUUAUUAUUAAUUUAGCUUUGUACUAUCGCUGAGGUUGAAACUGCUUUAUACAGUAAUUCUGUCAGUUAUUUAAUGGACGAAAGCAGAAGCGUAAAUGUCGUGGUGUUGUUCUGAAGCGUCCUGCUUUUGAUUAGCAGAUUUAAUUUGUUUUUUUCUUUCCGUCGUCGUUUAUUUUUCGGUACGGCUUUACGUUAACAUUCCUUUAAUCGAUUGUCUGUACCGCGUAAGUUACGUUUAGCGAACCUUAAACCUUCAGCAUUAAUAAACCAUUAUAUACGCCUUAUAUCAUCCUCAGCUCAUGUUUAUUUCUCCAAUGAAGCGAGCUAAAUUUGCAUACAUUAGCAUAAAUCGCAGUGUUGCCUCAGAAUACUAAGGUUUAUCGUUUAGUUAAGGAUUAGACGGCACGUUGUUUGUCAGUUAAUGAUGUAUUGAUGCUGAAGUUGACUCGGUGUAACUAACGAGGUGAAUAGAGGAACUUUAACGUAAAGCGCUGCCGCUAUUUAUUUACUGAAACUAACUGAAAGCAAGAGUGAUGUAGUGUGUGUGUGUGUGUGUUUUUUUUUUUUUUUUUUUUUUUUUUUUUCUUUUCUGAAAAUCUCUUUUUCAAUUCAAAGAUGUUUUCAUUUGUUUGGGGGGGGGGGUAAACAAAAUAAACAACCCCCCCCCCCCCCCCCCCCCCCCCCACCACCACCACCACCACCCUAUAGGCUGACGAUGUGAAAGUCGGAAGUGUCGUCCUGUAACUCUGUAGGAGAAUCGUCUCGGAACAUUUUGCGCCAGGGUAGAAUGUAUUUCUAUUUAUUCACACGGUCACACUCUUUAUUGUUUUCGUAUCCAUGUGUCGGUCAUUUAAAAAAAAAAAAAAAAAAAAAAAAGAACGACUUCUCAUCCAUUACGUGUUAUGUUCAUUGAGAUCUUAUAAACCUUUAACGUCCCGCUUGUAAUGUUUUUUUGGGGGUCGGUUCUAGUUAAUGGUUCCUGAAUCCGUGGUUGCGGAGAGGUCAAGAGGGCAGUUCAGAGUUCAAAUCCGUGAUCUUUUUCUCAGUAGUGAUGAUGACACGUGGUUCACUGUCUAUGUAUGGUUGUUGUUUGUGUAUAUUGCUUUCGUCUGCAUUAUAUAUCUCAGAUGUUCGAUGUGACGAGCGUGGGCCAAAAAAAGAAUUAUAAUAAUUAUAAUUACCUUUUAUUAAGAGCAGCUUAUUUAUUCGUCCGUGCACUCGUUCAUAUCCACUGCUUUAUGCUGCCUUCAGGUCCUCUUUGGAGAUUCCACACGUACGAGUUGGCAGGAAGUCGUGAUUACAGCGUGGCGUGGGGGGGACGGACGUCAUACGAGAACUUUUUGUUUUUAUGUAUUUAUUUUUUUCGUGUCAUUGACGGCUUUACCGCAAGAAAACGAAGGACUCGAUCUAUCCGUGUCGCUCCGGUUAAGCGUCAAACGUGCAAAAUUAUCACGUGAAUCUUCACGUUAAUGAUCACGUUCAACGCUGUGAGGUUUUUUGUUGGGGUGGGGUGGGCUGGUGGGGGUGGGGGGGGGAUACAUUGUACUUACGAGUUGUAAUUACGAGUUGUAAUAGGCGACGUUCACCUCGUACUUGGGACGUUUCUGACGGGACUUGAAGGCAGCAUUAGAUCAGAUCAGAUCAGCGCAGAUAUAACACCUCAUGCCAUUCUAAUCCAUUUAUAAGACUAAUUAAUGAAUAUUCAUCGAUUUAUAGAAGGAACUGGGUCCAAAAAUGGAGUCGUGAAUUUUUUGAUUAUUCGCUUUGUGAGUUCGGAAUCAAGGUGCACAAGGCUCCAUUAAGAACAAAACAAAAAAACCCACGACGUAGCGUUUAUGAUAUGUAAAUAUAAUAAUAAUAAUAAUAAUGAGCAGGUUUGGACAUGCCUUUCUAGUGAACGUGUGUGGAGUAGAAACAGCUAAACAGAUUACCAGUGUGUGGAGUGUGUAGAGGUUGAAAUAUUUCGUGAGCUGAACGGCACUUUGGCUUUUAUUUAAUGUAUUUUCGUGCUUUUGUUUUGUUUUGUUUUGUUUUGUUUUUUGUUUUUUUUUUGGAGUGAGAUUUAUUAUUUUAUUUCUUCGAUUAGGCGAAAGCACAUCUUGUGAAUCUUUUUGUAUUUGAUAAUCAUAAUAAAUAUAUUCUUAAUGUC